GAAAACGACUUGGCAUGUUUCACGAGGUCGAUUUAAAGAUUUUUACACGCUUGGGUGGGUAAACGAAAUGUACGCUCCAAUUUUGCUCUACACACUUUACACACUCUUCUUCCUCCUGCAGCCAUGCAAGUGCGUAGGAUACUAUGAAGAUGGAUCUGGAAGUUUCCUAGAGUAUGAGUAUGCCAUAUCUGGAGUCUAUGGAUCCGAAGAAGGUUCAGGGGUUGAUGCUCCAGGGCCCGAAAACUCCGAGGAGAUUCCGGUUGAUACUGAAGCCCUAAAGUUUUUUAAAUACACCUUCAACGACAAUCCAAUGAUGCUAAUCGUUCCACAGGCCGGAAGGUUAGUCGUGGAACUCGUAAGUGAACAGGAAGAAGAGAUUUGGAAGGGCGGAUAUGAAGAGACCCUCAAGUACGCCAGAGCCUAUCUUGGCCAUAAUGAGGAACCAGAGCUCAUACUUGUGGUAUCAGAAACUCCAUCUGGAAGGUCGCAAAAGUACCUUGAACUCAAAGGCAGAGAGUGGGUAUUUUGCAUCAAUCAUGAUGCCAAGAUCCAAAGCCUCAAGGUGGCUACCAAGCACCGGGGCGACUUUUCUAUGAAUCUGCAAGACUUGGAGGCUACAGAGCACUGCACAAUCUUCCAAACUCCAUUCUUGGGCAUUGAAUCCCGCUUCUACCUUCCCGAACCAGGCUAUCAUGCCACCGAGGUCAAGGACGGUGACCAGGUCCUCUGGGAAGGUUUUGGGAGUGACAAGUGCUCAUUUUCCACAAUUUACUUUAGUAACGGCUUACCACAUUUGUUACACAUUAAGGUGACGUCCGUUUUGAAAAACGACUUCUACUGUGCCAAGGAAAAUGGAGUUUGGAAGAUUGUUCCAGAGGGAGAAUUUAGGACAAUGAUAAGCGAAUUGAGGUCACAGGGUACCGAAUCGUGAGGAAUUGACUCGAGAAGUGCUUCAUAGACGCCGCCUAUGGACACUCAUUCAUCCUGUGGAUGGAUAGACCGAUCAAUAAUGCAGUAUACUCCACAUACAGAGGAUGUAGAGAUUGUUAAAACCUGCCAAAGAGCACUUUUUAAAACCAUGACAUGACCAAUACUCCAAAGAAGAGGAAUAAUUUAAACUUGGAGAACGUAGUCUCACUGGCAGUUUAGCAUAUAGAGGACCAAUAAAGGCC